AUGCGUCCCGAAGUCGAGCAGGAACUGGCUCACACCCUCCUGGUGGAGCUUCUCGCAUACCAGUUCGCCUCGCCCGUGAGGUGGAUUGAGACGCAGGAUGUCGUCCUCGGCGAGAAGAGGACGGAGCGAAUCGUCGAAAUUGGCCCUGCAGACACCCUCGGCGUCAUGGCCAAGCGGACGCUGGCCUCCAAGUACGAAGCCCACGAUGCAGCCCUAUCUGUUUCGCGGCAGAUCCUGUGCUACAACAAGGACGCCAAAGACAUCUACUACGACGUAGACCCGGUCGAAGACGAGCCCGAGGCAGCGCCCGCCAGCUCUUCAUCAACCCCGGCCUCCUCCUCCGCACCCGCCUCAGCAGCACCAGUCGCUUCGGCGCCAGCUGCGGCCAGCAGUGGUCCAGCAGCCCAGGUACCGGAUGCUCCGGUGACCGCAACUGACAUUUUGCGGACACUGGUUGCUCAGAAGCUGAAGAAGGCACUCCUGGACAUCCCAUUGAGCAAGGCGAUCAAGGAUUUGGUAGGAGGCAAAUCUACACUACAAAAUGAAAUUCUGGGAGAUUUGGGCAAGGAGUUUGGCUCCACGCCGGAGAAGCCAGAAGAUACCCCCUUGGACGAAUUAGGAGCAGCGAUGCAGGCUACCUUCAAUGGUCAGCUUGGAAAGCAGUCCUCCUCCCUCAUAGCCCGCAUGGUUUCGUCGAAAAUGCCCGGUGGCUUCAACAUCACAGCGGUGCGGAAACAUCUAGAGACGCGGUGGGGGCUUGGCCCGGGACGACAAGACGGAGUUCUACUUCUCGGUCUCACCUCCGAGCCAGCCGCCCGUCUUGGAUCUGAGAAUGACGGAAAGGCAUGGCUCGAUGAAAUCUCGAACAAAUAUGCGGCGACGGCCGGAAUCAACCUUUCAGCGCCUGUUGCUGGCGGUGAUGCUGGUGGUGCGGCAGGUGGUAUGAUGAUGGACCCCGCUGCCAUCGAUGCCCUCACCAAGGACCAGCGCGCGCUAUUCAAGCAACAACUAGAACUCUUCGCGAGAUAUCUCAAGAUGGAUCUGCGGGCCGGCGACAAGGCCUUUUUGGGCUCGCAGAAGGCUGCAUCCGCCCUCCAGGCUCAACUGGAUCUGUGGACUGCCGAACACGGUGACAUCUAUGCGGCCGGCAUUGAGCCAUCCUUCACCCCCCUGAAGGCCAGAGUAUACGACUCUUCCUGGAAUUGGGCCCGCCAGGAUGCUCUCAGCAUGUACUACGACAUCAUCUUCGGUCGCCUAAAGGCUGUCGACCGUGAGAUUGUCAGCCGAUGCAUUAGCAUCAUGAACCGCUCCAACCCCCUACUCCUCGACUUCAUGCAGUACCACAUGGACCAUUGCCCGACCGAGCGCGGAGAGACGUACGAACUGGCGAAAGAGCUCGGCCAGCAACUGAUCGAGAACUGUAAGGACGUCAUGUCGGAAGCGCCAGUUUUCAAGGAUGUCAGUGUUCCCACAGCACCUCAUCUUGAUAUCGACAACCGCGGAAACCUGAACUACUCGGAAGUACCACGACCCAGCGUACGGAAGCUUGAGCACUACGUUCGCGAGAUGGCUGAGGGCGGAAAACUCUCGGAGUACGGGAACCGAACCAAGGUCCAGAAUGAUCUCCAGCGUAUCUACAAGCUCAUUCGUCAACAACACAAGCUAUCGAAGUCGUCUCAACUGCAGAUCAAGAGUCUGUACAGUGAUGUCAUCCGCUCCCUCUCGAUGAACGAAGGCCAAAUUAUGCCUAACGAGAACGGAAAGGUUAAUGGCGCCGGCAAGAAAGGUCGGAAUGGCCGUCUCAAUGGACCUCUCAAAAAGGGCAAGGUAGAGACGAUCCCCUUCCUUCACUUGAAGAGGAAAGACGAGCAUGGCUGGGAGUACAGCAAGAAGUUGACCGGCGUGUACCUCGAGGGCUUGGAGAACGCAGCCAAGUCUGGUGUCAGCUUCCAGGGCAAGAACGCACUCAUGACUGGGGCUGGUGCUGGGUCAAUCGGUGCUGAAGUCCUCCAGGGGUUGAUCAGUGGUGGCGCCAAGGUUGUCGUUACAACAUCGCGAUUCUCUCGUGAGGUCAACGAGUACUACCAAUCGAUGUACUCCCGCUACGGUGCACGUGGAUCGCAGCUUAUCGUGGUUCCUUUCAACCAGGGUAGCAAGCAGGACAUCGAGGCUUUGGUCGAGUACAUUUACGACCCCAAGAAGGGCCUCGGCUGGGACCUGGAUUACAUCGUUCCCUUCGCCGCCAUCCCCGAGAAUGGCCGCGAGAUCGAUGGCCUCGACUCCAAGUCUGAGCUGGCGCACAGGAUCAUGUUGACGAACCUGCUCAGAAUGCUUGGCUGUGUCAAGACUCACAAGCAGGCAAAUGGCUACGAGACCCGACCCGCCCAAGUCAUGCUCCCGCUGUCGCCCAACCACGGCACUUUUGGAAACGAUGGAAUGUACGCGGAAUCUAAGAUUGCACUGGAAACUCUCUUCACCAGGUGGCACUCCGAGAGCUGGGGCAGCUACUUGACUAUCUGCGGAGCUGUCAUUGGCUGGACUCGUGGAACUGGUCUGAUGUCUGGAAACAAUAUCGUUGCAGAGGGUAUUGAGAAGUACGGCGUGCGCACCUUCUCUCAACAAGAGAUGGCCUUCAACAUUCUUGGCCUGAUGGCCCCUCCUAUUGUCAACCUUUGCCAGGUCGAACCUGUCUGGGCUGAUCUGAACGGAGGCUUCCAGUACAUUCCCAACCUCAAGGAUCUUAUGCAAGACCUCCGCAAGGAGCACAUGGAGACCGCCGACGUUCGCAAGGCUGUUAUCAAGGAGAAUGCCAUCGAAAAUAAGAUUGUCAAUGGCGAGGAAAGCGAGGCCAUGUACAAGAGGGCUACGGUGCAGCCGAGAGCCAACAUGAAGUACGACUUUCCUAAGGUUCCGGAUUGGGAGACCGAAGUCAAGCCUCUCAACUCCGACCUCAAAGGUAUGGUUGAUCUAGAGAAGGUCGUCGUUGUCACUGGUUUCGCCGAGGUUGGUCCUUGGGGUAACUCAAGGACACGGUGGGAGAUGGAGGCCUAUGGUGAAUUCUCGCUGGAGGGCUGCAUCGAAAUGUCCUGGAUGAUGGGCCUCAUCAAGAAUCACAACGGUCCGCUUAAAGGAAAGAGCUACUCUGGUUGGGUUGAUGCGAAGACCAACGAGCCAGUCGACGACAAAGAUGUCAAGGCGAAAUACGAAAAGCACAUCCUCGAGCACUCUGGUAUCCGCCUCAUCGAACCAGAGCUCUUCAAUGGUUAUGAUCCGAAAAAGAAGCAACUCAUGCAAGAGAUCCAAAUUGAAGAAGACCUCGAUCCAUUUGAGUCUUCGAAGGAGACUGCUGAGGAGUUCAAACGUGAGCAUGGCGAUAAAGUCGACAUUUUCGAAAUACCCGACUCAGGGGAGUACACCGUCCGCCUACGGAAGGGUGCUACCCUUCUCAUUCCCAAAGCUCUUCGCUUUGACCGUCUCGUCGCCGGCCAGGUUCCUACUGGCUGGGACGCAAAGAAGUACGGCGUGCCGGACGACAUCAUCUCUCAAGUGGACCCAGUCACUCUCUUCGUUUUGGUCUCCACCGCGGAAGCUUUGCUUUCCUCGGGUAUCACCGAUCCUUACGAGUUCUACAAGUAUGUGCACAUAUCUGAAGUGGGCAACUGUAUUGGUUCUGGUAUUGGUGGCACCACUGCUCUGAGAGGCAUGUACAAGGAUCGUUUCUUGGACAAGCCCCUUCAGAAGGACAUCCUACAAGAAUCUUUCAUCAACACGAUGAGUGCCUGGGUCAACAUGUUGUUGAUGUCGUCGACUGGUCCAAUCAAGACGCCGGUCGGAGCUUGCGCUACUGCCGUCGAAUCCAUCGACAUUGGUUACGACACGAUCGUUGAGGGCAAGGCCAGAGUCUGUUUUGUCGGUGGUUUCGAUGACUUCCAGGAAGAAGGAUCAUACGAGUUCGCCAACAUGAAAGCUACAAGCAACGCCGAGGAAGAGUUUGCCCACGGACGUACUCCAGGGGAGAUGUCUCGACCCACAACCACCACCAGGAACGGUUUCAUGGAAUCCCAAGGUUGCGGUCUGCAAGUCAUCAUGGAUGCUAGAUUGGCCCUUGACAUGGGCGUGCCAAUCUAUGGUGUCAUUGGUUUCACUGCUACGGCUACUGACAAGAUCGGCCGGUCUGUUCCUGCUCCAGGCAAGGGUGUUCUCACCACUGCGCGCGAGAUUGAGUCCAAGUUCAAGUCGCCUCUGCUAGACAUCAAGUACAGGAAACGCCAGAUGAACCUACGUCGCAAGCAGAUCAGCCAGUGGCAGGAAUCCGAGAUCCUAUACCUGGAAGAGGAGCUCGCUGCCAUGAAGGCUGGUGGAGAGUCCUUUGACGAAGCCGAGUAUCUUGCGGAACGAACUGCUCACAUUGACCGUGAAGCCAAGCGACAGGUAAAGGAUGCGCUGAACAGCUUGGGUAACAACUUCUGGAAGUCAGAUCCUCGCAUCGCUCCUCUACGUGGUGCCCUUGCUACGUGGGGUCUUACAAUUGACGAUCUAGAUGUUGCUUCCUUCCAUGGCACGUCUACCGUUGCCAACGACAAGAACGAAUCCGAUGUCAUCUGCCAGCAAAUGCGUCAUCUUGGCCGCAAGAAGGGCAACGCCCUUCUGGGCAUCUUCCAAAAGUACCUCACAGGUCAUCCCAAGGGUGCUGCCGGUGCGUGGAUGUUCAACGGCUGCCUCCAAGUCUUGAACUCCGGCCUGGUCCCGGGUAACCGCAACGCCGACAACAUUGACAAGGUCAUGGAGCAAUUCGACUACAUCGUCUACCCAUCGCGCAGCAUCCAAACCGAUGGCGUCAAAGCUUUCUCUGUCACGUCGUUCGGUUUCGGCCAAAAGGGUGCUCAGGCCGUUGGUAUCCACCCCAAGUAUCUCUUCGCCGCGCUCGAGUACGGCGAAUACGCCACAUACAAGCAAAAGGUAGAAGCCCGCCAGAAGAAGGCCUACCGCUACUUCCACGACGGCCUCAUCAACAACACCAUGUUCCGCGCCAAGGACAGGUCGCCGUACGAGGACGCGCAGAUGAACGACGUCUUCCUCAACCCGCGGGCCCGCGUCUCGCUCGACAGCAAGUCGGCGCAGUACGCCUACUCGCCCAAGGGCCUCGCCAAGCCGCCCAAGGACUCGAAGACCGAGGAGACGCGCAAGUUGGUCGAGCGGCUUGCGACGGCGACGCAGUCGGAGCACUCGAAGAUCGGCGUCGAUGUCGAGAGCGUGGCGGCGAUUAAUAUCGAGAACGACACGUUCGUCGAGCGCAACUUCACUGCCGCGGAGCAGAAGUACUGCAACGCGGCGCCCUCGCCGCAAGCUAGCUUCGCGGGACGCUGGUCGGCGAAGGAGGCCGUGUUCAAGUCGCUCGGGGUGAAGUCGUUGGGCGCUGGGGCCCCAUUGAAGGAUAUUGAGAUUGGCUCGGAUGAGACGGGUGCGCCUGUUGUUAAGCUCUCCGGCGAAGCCGAAAAAUCCGCCAAGCUGGCCGGCGUCAAGAAGGUCAGCGUCAGCAUUAGCCACAGCGAUGAGCAGGCUAUUGCGGUUGCGGUGGCGCAUUUCUAG